GUGUCCUAGAGGGUUGACAUUUCAUACACAACUGUCAAAUGGGUAUUCUUGAAGAUUUUACGCAUUUUAAAACAUAAAUAUCAGCUUUUUCCAAACAUAUUUACGGGCAUUUACUAUACGCUUGCAUCAGACGUGGGAAAUGGAGGACGAUGCACCUGUCAUAUAUGGCCUCGAAUUUCAGGCUCGUGCACUUACUUCCCAGAUAGCUGAAUCAGAUGCCAUUCGAUUCCUUGUGGGCACCCAGUCCCUCAAAUUUGACAAUCAGAUCCACAUCAUUGACUUUGAUGAUGAGAAUAACAUCAUUAGUAAGAGCGUCCUGCUGCACCAGGCAGGGGAGAUAUGGCACAUCAGCGCCAGUCCUGCAGAUAAAGCCGUGCUGUCGACCUGCUACAACAAAACCAGUGAGAGUCGCGUAGUGACGUGUGGGGCUGUAUGGAGGAUGCCCCCAGAGUGGGAGUCAGGGAGCCACGAGUCCCCAGACGAUCCCCACAACUCCCACAACCCCCAGAACCUGGAACUCCUCUGUCACCUUGACAACAGCGCCCAUGGCAACGCCUCCAGUGUCCUGUGGGAGCCCAUGGGAGAUGGGACGCGUGUGAUCUCUCUGGCUGAUAACCACGCUCUGCUCUGGGACUUGACGGAGAGCUCUACCCAGGCCACGAUCUCCAGCAGUGCCACCCUAGAGGGUAAAGGUCAACUGAAAUUCACCUCUGGGAAGUGGAGUCCUCAUCACAACUGUACCCAGCUGGCCACAGCCAACGACACAGCCAUCAGAGGCUGGGACCUCCGCACCAUGAGUCAGAUCUACUGCAUAGAGAAUGCUCAUGGGCAACUGGUUCGAGACCUUGACUUCAAUCCCAACAAACAGUACUACCUGGCCAGCUGUGGGGACGACUGCAAGGUCAAAUUUUGGGACGUGAGAAACAUCAACGAGCCAGUCAAGAUCCUGGAGGAGCACUCUCACUGGGUGUGGAGCGUUCGCUACAACCACUCUCAUGAUCAGCUGGUGCUGACCGGCAGCAGUGACAGCAGGGUGAUUCUGUCCAACAUGGUGUCCAUCUCCUCCGAGCCCUUCGGUCACCUGGUGGACGACGAUGACCUCAGCGACGGAGAGGACAACCACCAGUACGACAAGAGCAAGGAGCCCCUGCAGGACAGUAUCAUCUCUACCUACGAGGAGCAUGAGGACAGUGUGUACGCAGUAGAGUGGUCCUCAGCAGACCCAUGGCUCUUUGCCUCUCUCAGCUACGAUGGCAGACUAGUCAUCAACAGGGUCCCCCGUGCACUCAAAUACCAUAUCCUGCUCUAGACAGACUACACACUGGACCGACGACUGGACUCAUCAUAGAGUGACGGAGAAGAGGGCGAGGAAGGAGGAGCGAUGAGGAGGGGAGCCGACCGUGUCCGACACCCGUCGGCAGACCCUGCACACAAACUCUCUCUUUCUCUCUUUUUUUCUCACUUUCCAUCCAUCCCUCUCUCUCUCUCUCUCUCUCUCUCUCUCUGUCUCUCUCAUUUUAUUUUUCUCUCCCUCACCCUUUCUACAAAAUAACUGAUUACGUUACACAUUCCCCUUAAUGAUGCAUCUGACUCUGUUUGCUAAGACAGAGAAAAUACAAAACUGCCGGUAAUCUAUUCUGUAUAUUGUCAAGUAAAUGCUAUUUAUGUCAACUAGAUUUUGUUUAUUAUUUUUGGUGAACAGUUACUUUACUGAGCUUUUGGGGAUCUUCUGAAGGAUUUUCUCUUGACUGGGAGCCCAAAGGUAGUCUAGUCAGAGACUGGGAGCCCAUAGGUAUUCUAGUCAGAGACUGGGAGCCCAUAGGUAGCCUAGUCAGAGACUGGGAGCCCAUAGGUAGCCUAGUCAGAGACUGGGAGCCCAUAGGUAGUCUAGUCAGAGACUGGGAGCCCAUAGGUAGUCUAGUCAGAGACUGGGAGCCCAUAGGUAGUCUAGUCAGAGACUGGGAGCCCAUAGGUAGUCUAGUCAGAGACUGGGAGCCCAUAGGUAUUCUAGUCAGAGACUGGGAGCCCAUAGGUAGUCUAGUCAGAGACUGGGGGUUCCUUGCAUGCCUCAAUGGCAGCCUCACCCUGGGGAAUGACAGGAGGUGUAUCCAGGGCACUAUGGUUCCUAGAUGACAGGUUGAAGCCAAGAGGUAGCUCGGAAAAUCACCCCCCCCCCAAACCCUCUCCUGAUAUUUUUUUCUCUUCCUACACCUCCCUCCUCACUAAUACCCUUUUUCCACUUCCUCAUAUAUCAUCCCCUCUGUUCUCCUCCUCCCAUACCCUCUGUCUCCUCCGUCCCUGUCUUUCUGUACAGUGUGUGUUGACGUUGGUCUGUAGUGACAAUGGUAGCCUUCUUUAGAUCCACUGACAGCCUUUUUAAUUGCAGCUUGACUCUGCUCAGGGCUCCUUCUCCAGGCAGAGCUCCAUGGUGCCAGGAGAACCCUGAGAGACUGUGGGUCUUCAUUAACCAUGCCCAGGUUGGCGCCCAGGGCUUGAAUGCAGACUAGCACCCUUCCCCUCCUCUAGAAGGCAGCUCACAUCCACAACCCUCAUUAUAGCUCAGUGAAUUAUUGAAAAGGGGAUUGGGGCGUGGGUCUAAUGUGGUUUAGAAGCUGAAAACAUAAUCUUCCCCAAACCUGUCCCUCUAUCCUGUCUUUAAUUUGAGAUUGUGAUGCUUGUCAGUUGUCACCCAAUUAGAAACGCACACAUGCCAUGUCCCAGAGACACACACCACAUCCCUCUGUUCCCUCUUUUGACUAAGAUGCUGGUGGUGUGACAAGCUUGCAGCCAUGUGGCAUGUUGCAUGUUCGUUGUAUUCCUUUAGGACUCACUACGCGUGUGUGUGCGUGCGUGCGUGCGCACGGUCUCUGUGUAUGCUGUUGACUGUGUGGAAGGCUGCAUGCUAGGGACAGAAAGACACAAAUAUAGAUGGGUAAAACGUGGAUGGCCAGAUGGUUGGAUCGGCAUUGAUAGUUGGAUGAGAUCAAUAUUAGAAUAAUUCAACUAUCUCCAUCACAACUGCAGAUGUGUUAGUCCUGAUUGACGCCUUCGCCUGCUCAGUUGCCUUCCUAUGAAUACAUUCACAGUAAUGCUCCUCGCUGUUUCUUAUCUAUAGUCACUUUACCCCUACCUACAUGUAAUAUUACCUCAAUUACCUCGACAACUAACCUGUGCCUCAGCACAUUGACUCGUACCGGUGCCCCCUGUAUAUACCCUCGUUGUUUUAUUUUAUUGUUACUCUUUUCUUUUUCUACUUCAGCUUAUUUAGUCAAUCUUUUCUUAACUCUUAUUUUUCUUAAAACUGCACAGUUGGUUAAAAGCUUCUAAGUAAGCAUUUCACUGUACGGUCUACAACGGUUGUAUUCGGCGCAUGUGACAAAUAAAAUUUGAUCUGAUUGAAUAUUAGCGGAUUAAACUAAGCAUGAUGCAUUGAUAUUCCGUGUACAAUGUUCACCUCUGGAGACAGAAGAGGACUGCUGACAAUGCAGAUGACUGAAAUACUCUGCUGCUGUGCUCUGUACCACUGAUAUCCACAGGCUACACCACAUUACCAUCCAGCCCUGGCCCCAGCUCUGCUCUACUGUAAAAACAUGUGAUUCCAGUGUGAAUCAGGAGCGGUGGGGGUGUUUUUUGGGCUGUUGACUGUGCUUUAAAUAUCUGGGGAAACAGCCGAGGGAAAGGUCUUAUUCUCACGUCGAGCUCCCAGAGUUCAACUGUUUUGCCCGGCACGACUGACAACUAUCGUCUGUGUCACACAGUCACAUGACCCCUAGUGCAGUGUACCUGUCAGCGGUGGUGACGAGCAUCUUCAAGUCAAGAACCCGGAUCUCCAAACCCAGAUGGCGUCAUGGUUGAUAUCACAUGUGACUGGCAGAUACUGUAUCCACUGGAUGGGCAAGGCUGAGAUUUACAAACGGUUUUAAAAAGAGUUGUCUUCAGUGUUUUAUUGAGAACAGCAAAUAGUCAAUUACACACUUUACAUGUGAACUCUAGAUGCGUUAUGUUACUGUACUUAACCUCUGAGGUUUGUUGUUGGUUAAAAGGGUCAAGUAUCUCUUGAAAAUAACCUGGAUGAAUCAAGAUACAUUUCUUACGGUGUCCCCAGUUUACAUGUCAUUGAGAUGUGUCAGUCUACACUGUAUAUUUGAAAGUUGGUUCAAGUUCAAAUAUGUACUGAACUUAAAUCCUAGCAAGAGACGUACAGAGUAGAGGAAGAACACUUCAAGUAAAGCCUGAGCCUUUAUUGUGUGUCCUAUGCAAUCUAAAUAUUAUGCAGAAUGGCAGCUGCUUGUCUAAACCCCCCCAUGGAGUCAUGCCUCACUAUGUUUCCUGCUUUCAUCUCCAUUGCCUCGAUUUCUCCUUUGUUAUCUUGGCAUGAAUUCAAAAUACCCUAAAUUUCUUCACAUAUGCAGGUAGCCCAGUGGUUAGAGCGUUGGACUAGUAACCAAAGGUUGCAAGAUUGAAUCCCGAGCUGACAAGGUAAAAAUCUGUCGUUCUGCCCACUGAACAAGGCAGCUAACCAACUAUUCAUAGGCCGUCAUUGAAAGUAAGAAUUUGUUCUUUAACUGACUUGCAAGUUAAAUAAAGGUAAAAUAAAUAUUAA